GUCAGGGGUCCCUCCAACCAGUAUCGGCCGUUUAUACUGUCACAUGACAUGACACUAAGAGUAACUCUCGCGCCAAAGCAUCCAAGUAGCGCGCAUAGACGUGGCAACUUUGGAAAUCUCGUUCGGCCUUCGUUCUUCCAACUCGACUGCUUGCAACGAAAUGAACGGAGUACCAUCAUUCUCCAUACAGGAUGUGAACUGGAGAUCCCUUCUGCCAAGGAACAAAGAGAUAGACUGGGAUCUACUUUCCAGUUAUGCGGGUUUACUCGGUCUUGCUUGUUUAUCCAUUUAUUGUGGGGCAUAUGGGUCUGUGGGGAGCGGGAAAGACAAGGAGAAGAAAAAGACAGAGAAGGACGAGGAUGAGGAUGAGAGUGAGGACAACGAUGAAGAUAUGGAGGUAGUUUCAUUGGAGGACGCGUGGUGGUUUCCUGUCAUCGGCUCCUUCGUUCUUUUCGGCCUCUUCCUCGUGAUCAAGUAUUUUGGCAAGGAAUGGAUUAACUGGGUUUUAGGGUGGUAUUUCUCUUUUGCCGGCGUUGGAAGUAUCGCUCGUUCAGCGAUCGCCUUGACAAAGUUUGUUAUUGGACGAGAGCGAUGGGGGCAGUUCGAGAGGAUCGAGAUCAAAGUAAACAAGGGAAAGUCCGGGAAGAGUAAAGUUGAGAAGUCUGGCGAUGGCGACAAGAAGAAGAAAGAUGAAACGCUCCUGUCAAUUUCAUGGAGAACGCCAUCCAUGUUCCUCAUAGCUCUAUCCACGAUACCAUCCGUCUUAUACAGACUCUCGCCCCCGAGUCGGAGAUCGGUGUUAUUUACGGAUAUCCUGGCGAUGUCCUUUUCGCACAAUGCCUUAUCGUUGAUCAAGCUGGAUUCAUUUGCCACAGGGUGUGCACUUUUGAGUGGGUUAUUCGUAUAUGACAUUUGGUGGGUGUUUGGGACGCGCGUGAUGGUGGAAGUGGCGACUGGCCUUGACGUGCCCAUCAAACUUUUGUGGGCAAAGUCACUCCACUUCUCUGAUGCAAGAGGUUUCACCAUGCUUGGACUGGGUGAUAUUGUGAUCCCUGGAACAUUUAUCACGCUUGCGUUGAGGUUCGAUUUAAGGAACGGUCGAACAAGAACACCCUGGUUUUUCUAUGGGACGCUUACUGCAUACGUCCUCGGACUUGUGGCAACUAUGACAGUGAUGCACGUAUGGGGACAUGCACAGCCCGCACUAUUGUAUUUGAGCCCAGGAUGCAUUGGAGGCUUCGUUUUGGUUGCCGUUCUGAGAGGAGAAUUAGCCGAGGCUUGGAAGUGGAAGUGUUGAUCGGGACAUUGUACAUAGCUACCGAGAUCCGGAGGCCGUCGGAGCCAUUAAUACACAUUGUUUUCCGAG